UCCUACCUGCCAGGACUAACAGGGUGGAAAGAGACCCUGGAGGCUCCCCCGCGCCCGACGUGUGCAAAAGCAAUGUCCUCCGACUGAGCAUGCGCGCGGAGGGUUGGCGCCUGCGCAGUGGGGCGAUCGCGAGCCCCCCACCCCGCCUCCUCCCGAAUUGCUGGGUGGGAAGCGUGCCUUGGGUGGAGUCAGCGUAACCAGGAGUGGUGUGCUGACUCCUCCCCGUCCCGGCCUGGUUCUUCUUUCCACCCAGAGGUGCUGCGUCUAUUUGAUUUGGGUGAUGACCCGUCUGUUGAGGUGGAACACACUGGAAGGAUCUGUGCGUCUGACAACAACAGUUGUCAUAAUUAGCCUUCGUACUGGAUCCGAUCGACUUAAGUAUCUGGUUUGUUCUGAGACUUAAUUUUAACAAAACUUUGUUUUGUUUUGUUUGCUUUUAAGAAAAUAAGCAUAAAGUAAUUUAUGAGUGCAAGGUCAUCUCUGUCAUACACAAAUGAAGAGAGAAUUCUGCUGGAGGGAAUGGCUGCCUCCUCAUCCUCGUCGUCAGCUGGCGGGGUCAGUGGGAGCUCUGUCACUGGUUCUGGCUUCAGCGUUUCAGACCUUGCCCCGCCGCGGAAAGCUCUGUUCACCUACCCUAAAGGAGCUGGAGAGAUGUUAGAAGAUGGCUCUGAGAGGUUCCUCUGUGAGUCGGUGUUUAGCUAUCAGGUGGCGUCCACGCUUAAACAGGUGAAGCAUGAUCAGCAAGUUGCUCGGAUGGAAAAACUGGCUGGCUUGGUGGAAGAGCUGGAGGCUGAUGAGUGGCGGUUUAAACCCAUCGAGCAGCUGCUGGGGUUCACGCCCUCUUCGGGUUGAUGUCGCCUGCAUGGUCGCUCCUAGGGCACAGCCACCCAGAGACUCACAGCUGUACUAUGAGCUGCAUGUCUGAAUUCACAUCCUAACUUGG